AAGAGUCCACUUCUCCACACCCUUCAGCGCAGAGUGAAGAAAUGACUUCAAGAACACUUGUUGAAUGGAAAACGCUGAUUCUUCUCCUCUCAGCGUUUCUGUGCUGCUGGGGACUGGACGUUUCUAUUCCAAAGCAGGAAUACACGGUUAAAAAAGGAGAAGAUGUUGAGCUGAUCUGCAAUUUCAAACCAGCAGUUGCUAUUGCCAACAACUUCCUCCUCACCUGGGAUGCUUACCCUGAUGUUACUGGUGCACCUCUGAAAACUGUGGCCUCCUACUUUCUGAACAGUCCUGUGGACAUUGCGCCUAACUAUGAAGGCAGGGCUUCCUUGGAAGUGAAUGUCGAGAGAAAGACCAGCACGCUCCGACUAACAGGGGUGACCAUGAAAGACAGCCGCCAUUACCAGUGCAGCGUCAAAAUAUCUGGCGAUGACGAGGGAACAACAGCUGCCUCCACUUCUGUUUUAGUGCUGGAGCCUCCCUCUCCACCAAUCUGCAGGAUUCAGGGAAAAGUGGAGUAUUACCAUGACAUCAAUCUCACCUGCAUGUCUGAAGAGGGAUCGCCAAAACCAGUCUACACAUGGACAACCUUCAGUGUGGAAAACAUUCCCAGGCAAUUCCCUCCUAAGACAACUCAAAAGGAUGGAGUUUUGUCUCUUUACAAUAUUUCAAGAGAGACUUCUGGAUACUUCAUUUGCACAUCCAAAAAUUCAAUUGCUGUUGCCUCCUGCAAUGUUACACUGGCUGUUGUUCCUGGUAGUAUGAACAUUGGAGCUACUGCGGGUAUUAUUGGAGGAGUACUUGCAGGUUUACUGGUUGUUGGGAUUCUGAUUUUUUGCAUCUGCAAGAGAAAGAACAAAAAGGGCAAAUAUGCUCAACGUUCACCAGGUGACAUUGAAUUUUCUGACAAAGACGAUCCAGUAGUUGAAGAAUUGGACAUGGAGGACAAGUCCAACACUGCAAAUAAAAACAUCAGCCAUCAAAAAGGGAUGAAUGACAAAACUGGCGAAAUUGGACAAAUGCUUGAUGUUGAUCAAUUCAGUUAUAAAAGCAGUAGUGUGGGGGUCAAAGAUGGCAAGGGCAGUGAUUUUGACUCUGUGCGUUAUCAGGACGACCAGCAUAAUCACUAUCGCGGAAGUAGAGAACAUCUUGAUGAUCAACGUGACCACUAUGGAAGUCGAGAUCGCCUAGAUGAUCGUCGUGAAAACUAUGGCAGUCGGGAUCACCUUGAUAACCGCCAACGCUAUGGAAGUCGGGAUAACCUUGAUGAUCAACGUGGGCGCUAUGGAGGCAGUCGUGAUCGUCUAGAUGACCGUACUGAACGCUACGGCAGUCGGGAUCGUCUAGAUGACCGUAGUGAACGCCAUGGCAGUCGGGAUCGUCUAGAUGACCGUAGUGAACGCUAUGGCAGUCGGGAUCGUCUAGAUGACCGUAGUGAACGCCAUGGCAGUCGUGAUCGUCUUGAUGAUCACAGUGAUCAGUACCAGGGUAGUGACCGUGGUGACCACUACAGUGAUCGUCACUACAGAGAUUAAACAAGUUUUUCAUCUGAAGUAGUAAUAACGCUGUUUUAGCCACUUUUUAAACAAUAAAACUAGCUCCACUGAUGGUAAGGGGAUCUCAGACUGCUUUUCACACAAGCAUUGAUUUGAUUGGACUAAGAACAAAGUAAAAUUUAACUCUUCAAUUUGGUUCUGUUUGCUCUUAAGCUUGAGUGGACCAAAGCACCAAAGGCUUUCAGUUUCAAAAGUUGCUACAAGAAAAAAAAGCACAAAAAGGGAAAUCUGCCAAGACCUGUUAGUCCAUCUCCAUCUUACUAAAUGCAGAGUACAAAUAACCCCUUUGGUCACUUUGGACAUGCAGCUGCAGUCAAGAUAUUUUAGAUAAUUGAACAUAAAUUCUUAAAAAAAAAAUCAGGGAGUAAGAAAACUUUAAAAACAAGAUGUGGACUUUAAUGGCAUUUAUUUAUUGAAAAAGCAGAUGUUUUUUCAUGAAGGAGAAAGAAAGUCAUUUUACAAGAUGAUGGUGGUCAGCAUAUAAAAUAGAAGUUUCAGUUAAAAAGUAAAGAAAUAAAGUACUUUUAUUUCAAUUUCUGAAACAACAAACAACUGUAAAGCUUUAGCAAACCCAAAUGUUCUUCAAAGGGUCCUUAGUAUGACCUAUCUUUCCUCUUAUUAUUUUCAUUUGAGUUUUUUAAAUAUAUUUUUUAUAUUUUCUAUAGAACUUAAUAACUAUAGAACUUGUCUUUGACAAAUGGAAGCCAAAACAUCUUAGUGUCUUGAUAAAAAGGAGUGUUGAUUUGUUGAUAAUAGAGGUAUGCAUGGGCUCCUAACGACACAUUAUUGUAAACAUUAUAGAGUUGAACAUGGCUAUAGUAGAAUCUAUUAGUUUCAGUUAAACAGCUGGAUGUCAAAACACAGAUGAUUUGAAAAAAUUCACGAAAAAAUAAUGGAAUAUAGUUUCAGAGAAGAUCCACAUCUGAUCAUGGUGGGAGAAAUUAAUUGAUGGCUGCAGUUAACUACAAAGACUGCAUAUUUUCCAUAUUUUCUGCACAUAGGGACUGGCCACUGAAUUAUAAGGCGCACUGUCAAUGAAUGGUCUAUGUUAUCAUAUGUAAGGUGAAUGGAACUAUAAACUGCAUUUAGCCAGACAAAAAGGGUCAGAGCAAUCCGACGGAUUUAAAUAACUGUAUUCACAAUUACUCCAACUUAUUUGCAAUGCGCUACUCGUUAGCCACAUUUUUUAGAAGUGUUAGCAUAUUUACAAUACCUGUAACUCCCAACCUUGUUUGCAAAAUGUUUUAAAAAAGACUGAUACUGCUAAAAAAAACUUUACUGUGACUAUGCUAACUCCCAACCUUGUUAGUAACACGUUAACAACAACAUGCAGUCCAAAAGUGCUAUAUGUUAGCUACGUUAGCCUUGUCGGCAGCUUGUAAAAAAAAAAAAAGACUGACAAUUUGAUAGAGCACCAAGUCAAUCAGUUAGCAAAACCAGAAUUAAUCCAUAUUUAAACUGCUCUGCAUUACAAAGCGCAUUAUUAAGUGGAUUAUAAGGAGUUUUUGUAACAAAACAAAAAAAAAAGAAAAAAAGAAGGCUUUUACAUGCGCCUUAUAGUGCGGAAAAUACAGCUUGGUCAACUAAUUCAACAAUUCUCUAAUUGUUCAUAGUUUUUUAUUAAACAAUUAAGUAAUUGCCACUAACUUUACACACAGUAGUGGCUGUGGUGCAGCGGCAGGGUAGUUGAACUUGGAAUAUUGUGGGUUCUAUUCCCGCAAUAUUCCACACUUCAUGUGUUGAAGUGUCCUUGGGCAAGACACUGAACCCCACCUUGCCUGGUGGAAGGUUGGCGCCUGUGAGUAGCAGAACUGCCACCAGUGUGUGAAUGGGUGAAUGUGUUUGUGACUGUAAAGCGCUUUGGGCCUUUAAGGAAGGUAGAAAAGUGCUAUACAAGUUUACGCCAUCAUUUACCAUUUUAGCGGGUGAUCUUGGAGUCUUACAUUUUAAUUCGCAUUUUUUAAGAACCUAAAUUGAUGUUUAACUUCGUUUUAAGUUUUUUUUUUAUUCUCGAAUUUUAGCAGUAAACGCUGAAUUCAGCUAAAAAUAUGUGGGCCGCGGAGUCAAUUUGAAGAACGUUUAGCUCACCUGUCACCUGUGAAGGCAGCUCAACUCCUCUAAAGCUGACCAGCCAUUAAACUGGGUCACGUGAUUGCGAUUACGUCAGCCCAUAGUCUUUAAUCAUGCCGUUAUGUAGAAUACUAAUAAAUAAUUAAAUAUUAAAUGCCGUUCAGUUCCGUGCUAAUGGACUACAAUUCAUGAAAAUUAAUCACUAAAUUGCUGUUAAAUGUGUUGUGUUCUUUGACAAUUGUCCUUAAUUUUAUGUAAAAAAAAAGUUUUAAUAUAACGCUUAAUAAUUUUUUAGAGUAAAAAA